UAAAUUCGAUCGUGUAAUCGUUGUGUACUAUUUCUAAUCUUAUCUCAGCGCUACUUUCGAUAGUCAGGUUCAAACUGCGGCUUACUUAUAUCCGGACUUUUAGAAUGUCAACGUUCACUAAAGUGUGCCUCCUGCUAUUAAUUAAUGGGGUCAGUUUAGGGAAAAGCAAAUUUCAAGUGCAGUUGCAACAGGGCGUUUUGGAAGGAUCGCCUAGAUGGAGUUCGGGCGGAAGAGAAUUCGUAGCGUUCGAGGGAAUUCCGUAUGCCGAACCUCCUCUCGGAGAUAAACGAUUUCAAGGACCGGUGGCCGGUAAACCAUGGAAUGGUGUCUUAAAUGCUACAAGAUGCUGUCCUAUUUGUCCUCAGAGCAACGUAUUUAUUAACGAUUUCACCCCACGUGGUGAUGAGAACUGCCUCUGCCUCAACGUUUACACGGCUCAGGAAGGUUUAGAUAAUCUGGUUCCGGUAAUUUUUUAUAUCCACGGCGGUGGGUUUAUGACAGGCAGUGGAGAUCCUUACAUAUAUGGCCCGGAUAUACUACUUGACCAUAACCUUGUUGUUGUAACUUUUAAUUACAGAAUAGGUGCACUGGGUUUCUUAAGCUUUGAAGAUGAGGUACUGCCUGGAAACAACGGGCUAAAGGAUCAGUCGCUGGCGUUGAGAUGGGUUAAAGAUAAUAUCAAACAUUUUGGUGGCGACCCUGAUAAAAUUACUAUCUAUGGGAAUUCUGCCGGCUCAGCAAGCGUUUACCAUCACCUUCUGUCUCCUCUUAGUAAAGGUUUAAUUCACGGUGCUAUAUCCAGUAGCGGAAUCGCUACCGCAACCUGGGCAGUAGCUCAGAAGGGAGAGGCUAAACGAAACGCUCUGAGACUCGCUGCAUUUUUAAACUGUCCCACGUCUUCUAGCGAAAUCGCACUCGAAUGUUUGCGGAAAGUUAGCGCUCAGAAUAUCGUUCUACAAAAUGCAAAAUUCAUGGAAUUCCUUUACGAGCCCAGCAUUCCGCACAAGCCUGUCAUCGAACCUGAAUUACCAGGGGCGUUCCUUACCAAACUACCUCUAGAUAUUAUUAAAUCUGGAGGUUUGGCCCAAGUCCCAUAUAUUAACGGCAUAACAACUGACGAUGGAACCUUUAAAUCGGCUGCAAUAUAUGACAAACCCAGCUUGGUGGAUAGACUGAACAAGGAAUUUGAUCGUAUUGUCCCCAUGAUCCUUCAUUAUGACCAUCUUCCAUCCAGUGAGAAAAUUUCAAAAAAAGUCAGAGCAUUCUAUCUUCAAAAUCGGAAGGUAGACAACACAACAAAGGCAGAAGUUACAAAUAUGAUCACCGAUGCCCUAUUCCACUAUCCCCAGAGAGUAACUAGCCAGCUACAUGCGAAGUAUUCAAAACGACCGGUUUAUUUCUAUUUGUUCGGUUAUAGAGGGUCUGUUAGCUUUUCUACCAUCUUUGGCGAUAAAGAGCAUGACUAUGGUGUCUGUCAUGGUGACGAUACAUUAUAUUCCAUAAGUAAUGAACUAUUCCAUGACUACCAACCAUCAGCUACAGACUUGGAAAUGAAGAAGAUAAUGUCAACUUUUGUGUACAAUUUUGCGAAUACAGGUGAUCCUACAUCAGAUGGCAAUAAUCCAAUCUCGGAAAAAUGGGAGCCCGUCGAAAAUGCAAAAUUUAAGUACCUCUCUAUAAAAGGUAGCAGUGACGUGAGAAUGGAGGAGAAAUUGUUCGAAGACCGAUUCGAAUUCUGGAAAAGGCUUAAUAUUCAUUAUCCAUCUAUUGAUGUAAAAGAUGAAUUAUAGCGAAUACCUUAAUAUAAUUAUAGCCAUGUAUUGUUACUUGUUAAAAAAAUCAUUUUUGGAAAAUUA